CUCUGUCCCUAGCAACACCACACCUAGAAUUCAAUUGUGCAGUCCAUGAUCCACUGCUCCAGAGACAGAGGGAGCAACGGUCUAUUAUCUUUGAUAUGUGACAUCACACUUGGGAAAUAGAAAAAGAAUAGUGUCAGGAACCAGAAUUACUCGAGCUGACACAGAGAGGAGCAAUAGGGACGUUUCAAUGUCCCCCUAGCAAGCUGCAAUUUGUGACAACGACUGGGCAAUAGCAGUAGAAAGAUGAACAGAACCACACCUCAGAGGAGAUCAUCCUCCAGGAGACAGACCUCAGUUCCAUCCACACCCUCUAUAGAGCCCCAGACAAUUCCUCAGUCAUGGGCCCUCGCCAGGACAUCGUCCACCCCCGUCGACCUCCAACCUAGCCUGGGCAGAGAGGCAGAGGAGGGUGGGUAUCUGGACAGACAAGAUGGAGAUGGAGGCCGCCCCAUAGAGGACUCUCAGACUGGGGCAUCGUUGGGUCAGGAGACUGAUGGAAACUCCAGUACCCCAGCCACACACAACUCACCCCUCCCUAGGCAGAGACCACACCUGACAGCCCAGAACCCCACACCAGGGUACGAGUUGGCCCCUAUCACCCCAGAGCUGGCCCGCUGGAUCAGGCUUCGGUCACAGGACCUCAAGCUCUGCCAGAGUGACCGCCAGUGGGCCGUGGACUUGGUCAACCAUCUCCGGGACAGCCUGCUGGUCUUCCUCAAGAACAGUGACGAGCAGCCCUACUUCCAGUCAGCCUCUGUGCUCAACAGUGGUUCAUACUACGAGAUGGUUAAGAUACACAACCCAAAUGAGUUUGACAUGAUGCUGAAGCUCCAGUCUCCUUCCCGCCUCAAAAUGACUGAGCUGGACCAAUACCACGGCCUGUUCUACGAAGUCGCCCUAUCCCGACCGACGCGUUCCCACAUACGGUCUUUCCUAUUGGAAGAUGGGCUCACCAUCUCAGCCAGCAAGAUCAUAAGUGAAAUGCACCGUCUGGUCCGAAAGUUUAUCAGCACCUACAAAGCAGUGCCUGGAAAUAGCUGCCGUUGGGUUGUGAAUAAGAAGCGUCCAAACUCCCCAGCGGUGACCCUUUCCCUGUUGGAGGUGGAUAAUGGGAAAGAGGAACUACUUUCUGUGGAUGUGGUGCCCGCCUUGGAAGUGCCCUCCUCACAGGGCUGGCCUCUGGCUGCCCGCGCCGGCCCAGAUGUGAACAACUGGCUGGGGAAGAAGACCCGGCGCUCUCUCACCCACCAAACUUGCUUCUUUGUGCCCAAGAAACCACCAGGGCGUAACCUCAGUGAGGCAGCUAAAGAGAGUUGGAGGAUUUCCUUUUCUCACAUAGAAAAGGAACUAAUCAAGACUCAUGGGAACAAGAGGACCUGCUGUGAGAGCUCUGCCACCAAGUGCUGCCGUAAGCAGUGCUUUAAGCUCCUCAAGUGUCUGAUCGAGGGACUGAAGAAACGCUACCCUCAGGAGCUGGAUGCUCUGUGCUCCUACCACGGGAAGACAGUCUUCCUACACACCCUUUCCAUCAGGGCCCAGGACUCCCUGUGGACACCCCAUCAUCUGCCUGCCUGCUUCAUGCACCUCCUAGGGGCCCUGGAGGGCCACGCGAGGAGCGGCCUGCUACCCCACUUCUUUGUCCCCACCUCCAACCUCUUCGCCGCACCGACCUUCCCACGCAAAGCUCUGGUGUUUCUGACUGAGGCUCUGGAGGAGCAGAGGAGACAGGGGCUUCCCCUUUUAAUGCCCCCGGCUCCAGCCCCACCACUGGCAGUACACUCCCCCAGUAACUCCCAGCCCCAGCCAUCCAUUGUUGUACAGCAGACUCAUGUUAUCCAGUCUCCUAUUAUCCAGCCACCCCAAGUUAUUGAGACAAAAUUCUUCGUGAAAAUGUUCAACAUUUUUGCUUUGGUUGUGUCUUUGGUCUGUGUUGUUUGUUACCUCUGCCCAUCUGUGGUAGGAAGGUAGCAGAGACAYUCCAUCUACAGCAGAGGGCGCUAAAAUGUUAUGCAGAUGUAGAGAAUGGUAAGCCCUUUUUAAACAGAUUUUUAUUUAUCUCUAAAUUAUGUCUUUGCUCUUAAUAAACACAAUGAAACAUUUAGCCCAAAAGUAACAUUUCUGUAUUUGUAUGUUAAUGCUAAAUCUAUGCAAAUUACCAAGAAUAUAGUAGCUAUACAAUAUAUUGUUUACUACUUCUGUCCACUACUCCAAUGUACUCCAUGACAAACUUUUAAAUAAAAUAUAUUAU